AUGAGCGACAAGGACCCGCCGCCGUUUGGCUACACAUUCAGCGCCGACUACCUGCACCCGCUGGACCAGUCGCUCGACCAGUCGCAGGACCAGUCGCAAGACCACCAUGGCCCGUCGCCAGACCACCACCACCACCACCACCAACACCACCACCAGUCGCUGCUCAGCGACAUGGAGGGCCAAUCGCUCGCCGACUUCUUCUCCAACACGGACCCCUUCAGCCUGUCGGACUCGCAGCCCUUUGGCCCGCCCGCCGACGCGAAGCUCGCGGGCAACGACUUCAGCGACUGGAGCUUCAUGGCCCCGGCCACCGUCCACCACGUCUCGGCGACGAUUCCCGACCAGGCCCAGCUGCACCACGGCUUCCCGAGCGAGCACAUGUUUGCGAUGCAGCCGCUGGACCACCUGGGCACCACCCACGACGACCUGCAGGCCGCCUCGACCCUCUUCCACAACUCGCAGCAGCCCGCCGCGGCCCUCUUUCCCGACAUGUCGCCGUCCAUGGCGCCGUCCAUGGCGCCGUCCAUGCCGCCCGCGUCGGCCCUCUUCCACGACAUGCCGCCCGCACACGCCCCCGGCGGCCGUCCCAUGGUGGCCACCUCGCAGGGCCUGCUCAACGAGCAGCUCGCCGCCCUCCUCCCGAACCACGCCGCCGCAGGCACCCUCGACGCCCAGCUCGCCGCACAGUGGGCCGCCAGCGACGCCCACAACAGCAUCCACGGCGGCUUCGCGCCCGCGCUGCCGCGCCCCGCCCUGAAGCGCACCUACACCUUUGGCACCGACGACGCCUUCCGCAACCCGGCCGCCUUCUCCGCCCCGCACAGCGAGACCGAGGCCCAAGUCACCCGUCGCCUGAUGCGCGACACCCGCACCCUCUCGUUCAUCGCCGACGUGCACGCCCCCGAGCUCGCCGCCGCGGCGGACCCCGCGGACCCGUCGUCCUCGUCGUCGUCCUCCCCGGACGCGGCCAGCUCCGCGGACGACUCGCAGCCCUCGCGCAGGCGCACCAAGAGCGUCCCGCCCAGAAAAGACGCGCUGCGCAAGACGGCGUCGGGGACCCGCGUCAGCAAGGCGAAGAAGCCCGCGGCGCCCGACUCGGACAGCAAGAAGAGGCGCGCCAGCGCCGCGGCGUCCAAGCUCGCCCGCGAGAACCUCAGCGAGGCCCAGAAGCGCAGCAACCACAUCCUGUCCGAGCAGAAGCGCCGCAACCUGAUCAAGCGCGGCUUCGACGACCUGCACGACCUGGUCCCGGACAUACGCAACGGCGGCCUGAGCAAGAGCAGCGUGCUGACCGAGGCUGCUAAUUUCCUGGAAAGGCUGAUUGCUGACAACCAAGAGCUGGUGAAGCUCGGCGGCGGCGCCGGGUAG